AUGCCUUCAACCCUCGCGAAAGCGGUAUGCCUGCUCCAAGCAACACUGCUCACCGCUACAGCCACUAGAAACUGCGUCCUCGGGACCCACAAGUUCGACGACAUCACCCCAAACCCACUCCUACCCCAACUCCAGCCCUCCCUAGGCCCCUACAACGGCCUCUCCUACAACUUCCGCGUCGCACCCCAAGGCCUCCCCAUCAACAUCAUCCCAGGCCUAAAAAUAACCCUUGGCCCCACCACCCCCGCCUCCGAGCGCAACGUAAUCGGCGCCGGCGCCAUCCAUCUCGACGGCCUCAUCGGCGGCCAACUAGGCCCUCAAGGCAUAAUAACAGCCACGGGCAAAACGAAGCAUUUCGAUUUAGACUCUGUCUACUACGCCUGUAUGAUCAACAUUCUGCCGCAAGUCGCGCUGCCGAGGCCGUGCACGUUGACGGCGACGGAGUUCGGGUGGGAUGAGGGGGAGGGGAAGUAUGUGAGGAGGAGCACGGAGGCGUUGGCGUAUACGCCGGAUGCGUUGCAGAGGGCGGGGAUGUUGUUUUUUGAGUUUAGGGGGUUGAGGAAGAUGAGGGAGGUGACUUUUGGGGUUGCGGAUGGGAGGGGGGGCGGCGGUGAGUGUGGUUUUGUUGGAUAG